AAAAAAAAACAAUAAAUCGGAAAAGAGUAACCUUAAACCGGUGAGAGAAAGCAGCAGCAGAGUCAGCGCUCGAAAGCGACGAUAUCUCAUCCACAUCGUCAGACCAAAUCUCAAAGCCUAAACCUUUCUUCCUCUUCCUUCCUCACGCGCCGCCUCCAAUAUGGAACUAGAUUCAGACAACAACACUCUGUUAAAGACAGGUCUGGUCAUAACAGCAACACUCGUUGUAGCCAAACUCAUCUUCACCUUCUUCACUUCCUCCUCCUCCAAGAAGAAGCGUCUCCCUCCCACUCUUCAAGCCUGGCCUCCGCUCAUCGGAAGCCUCCUCCGUUUCCUGAAAGGCCCCAUCGUUAUGCUGAGAGACGAGUACCCUAACCUCGGAAGCGUCUUCACAGUGAACCUUCUCCACAAAAAGAUGACAUUUCUCAUCGGUCCUGAAGUCUCUGCCCAUUUCUUCAAAGCUCCAGAGUCUGAUCUCAGCCAGCAGGAAGUGUACCAGUUCAAUGUGCCUACCUUUGGCCCUGGAGUUGUUUUCGAUGUUGACUACUCGGUUCGUCAGGAACAGUUCAGGUUCUUCACUGAGGCACUCAGAGUCAAUAAGUUGAAAGGUUAUGUGGACAUGAUGGUUACAGAAGCUGAGGAUUACUUUUCAAAAUGGGGAGAGAGUGGUGAAGUUGAUCUUAAAGAUGAGCUAGAGCGUCUCAUCAUCUUGACCGCAAGCAGAUGUCUACUAGGUCGAGAAGUCCGUGACCAGCUUUUCGAUGACGUCUCUGCUCUGUUCCAUGACCUUGACAACGGAAUGCUUCCCAUCAGUGUUCUCUUCCCAUACCUCCCACUUCCAGCUCACCGUCGUCGCGACCGCGCCAGACAAAAGCUCUCCGAGAUCUUCUCAAAGAUCAUAGGGUCGAGAAAACGCUCUGGCAAAUCAGAGAACGACAUGUUGCAGUGUUUCAUCGAGUCAAAGUACAAAGACGGUAGGCAGACGACCGAAUCCGAGGUAACGGGUCUGCUCAUCGCCGCUCUGUUUGCAGGACAGCAUACUAGCUCCAUCACUUCCACGUGGACCGGUGCUUAUCUGAUGAAAUACAAAGAACACUUCUCGGCUGCUUUGGAUGAGCAGAAGAAGCUGAUGGAGAAACACGGAGACAAGAUCGAUCACGACGUCUUGUCAGAGAUGGAUGUUCUCUACCGCUGCAUUAAGGAAGCGUUGAGGCUUCACCCUCCGUUGAUCAUGCUCAUGAGAGCCUCACACAGUGACUUUAACGUCACGACAAGGGAUGGUAAAACGUAUGACAUCCCAAAGGGUCAUAUCGUUGCAACCUCGCCUGCGUUUGCCAACCGGUUGCCGCAUAUCUUCAAGAACCCUGACACAUACGACCCUGACAGAUUCUCCGUGGGAAGAGAAGAGGACAAAACCGCGGGAGCGUUCUCGUACAUUUCGUUCGGUGGAGGUAGGCACGGGUGUCUUGGAGAGCCCUUUGCUUACCUGCAGAUCAAAGCCAUAUGGAGUCAUCUGUUGAGGAACUUUGAGCUUGAGUUGGUUUCACCCUUCCCUGAGAUCGACUGGAACGCUAUGGUGGUUGGUGUUAAAGGCAAUGUGAUGGUGCGUUACAAGCGGCGCCAACUGUCUUGAAAAGACAGAUUUAAGAUGCUAUUGCCAACUUGCGGUUUCUUGUCCCCCUCUGGUUUUACUUUUGUUGUUGGAUUGUUUCUUUUUUCUGUUUCUUUCAUUAUUCUAGCUCUUUAAUUGACACUUUAGCUUUCGAAGUUUGUUUGUUGGUUCUGCAAAUGUGCUAAUUCAAAUGGAGAUUUGAUUUGGUUU